GGAAAGAAUGAAUAUUGGAUGUAAAUUAUUGUCUUGCUCUACUGAAUCACUUAUUAAAAAAGAUGAUAGUAUGUGGUGGUGGGAAGGGGCCCCGCUGUUUACUACUGGAUAUCUUAUUAAAAUAUUAUAUAAUGGAAAGAAAGUAAAGUAUAAUAUAGAAGAAGCCACGUUUAAUUUAACCUUUGAGUGCAUUCAGGAUGUGAAAAUGGGAAUAUUAGAGAUAUUUAUUAUAGAAGAAGGAUUCUUAAGAAACCAGUUAGUUGGUUAUACAUUUAAGAAAGUUGAAGAUUUACUGGAGAAAAAGAAGAAUUCUGUUCAUUAUUUAAAACUGUUUCCUACAAAUGAUCCAAUAAGCAGUUGGAUAUAUAGCAAACAGCCUCGUAGGUAUGACUUCAUUCCUAAGGAUAUGGAGAUGUAUCUUGCUCUAUCUGUUGUAGAGAUUAAAACUAUAAAAACAUUAGAGAAAAAGAAGCCGUCCUUUUUAUGGGCAGGGUUUUUAAAGAAUGAAGCAAUUGCUGGCCGUAUAUUUGACUUGCAAGAAGCAUUUCAGUUUCUGUUCAGAGACAUGCAAAACAUUUCAGAGUUUGUUUAUGGGAUGAGAGAAUUAUUUUUGUAUUAUGGGAAGAUGGAUAAAUUAGAAUUUAAGUAUGUGCCUAAAUAUAAAGGACUAGAAGAAAAUCUAGGGGUAUUUGACAAGAUUAAAAGUGUUUUUAAAAAAAGAGAUCCUGUUUUGCAUAGGCUUAAAUAUUCAAAGCAGCUAAAGGAAGAGCUAUUGCAGGUGGGCAAUCCGUAUAAAUGGCAUGUAGAGAAACAAGAAUUUUAUGACUUUCAUUUGAAUAUGUACAGGUAUGCGAUAUCACCAUACGGGCAUGCAUUUCUUAAUUUUCACUCACUAAUUAAUGUAAUAGACAACAAGAUUGUUGGAUGUAAGUGCAUUUACUGCAAAACCCCCAAAAUAAAUGCAGAGGAGAAGUUUUUCCACCUAUUCUCUGGCAUUCCAUACACAGAUAUUGUACAUGAGGCAAGUAAAUACUUGGAACACGUGAUAUUCAUGGACAAAAUAGAAGGAAUUCUUUAUAUUACAUUUAAGGGAACGCUCCAUAGCAGAGAAGCACUGAUAGAUAUUGAUUAUAAAUAUCAUAAAUACAAGAACAAUCUAUUUCAUAGGGGGAUAUUUAAAGAAUCGGAGAAAUUUAUCAAAGAAAAAGAAAAGGCAAUUGAAGAACUAAUGAAGAAAUAUGAAAUUAAAAAAAUACGGCUAGUAGGGCAGUCCCUAGGCGGUGCUUUGGCCAUGCUUGUAUGGAUGUUUAUUCGAGAGAGUUCUUUGCUGUCAAAAUAUACUACAUCUUGCAUUGCAUAUUCUCCCCCACCAAUUAUAAAUAACCCAAAAUGGUUUAAAACCCUUAUAGGAAAUAAUCCAGAAAACAAAAUAACUGUUUUGAUAUAUGGAAAUGACAUUGUACCGACCUUGUGCUUUGGGACCGUUUUUGAGCUGCGGCUUCUAGCCACACAUUUUUAUGCUAUAAGCGUAUCUAAACAUAAGAACAAGGAAAAGUACAUACAUGCACUACUCCGCAAGUUGAAAAAGAAGGGAAUGGAAAAGCUUUAUAUUCCAGGAGAUAUUUAUAAAAUAAGGCACACAACAGAUACUCCCAGUACAUUUUUAGUCAGGAAAACACAUUGGUCUGAAUAUAAUGCAAUAAAAUUAUGGGCCAAAGCGUUUAUCCACCAUACACCAGGGGCAAUGAUAAACUCUCUCCAAAAAUCAUUAAAGUACUUUUAUGGAAGUGGAAACCUAGAUAAUUCAGAAAAGAAUGGACUUGAUAAUGAGCAUAUACAUAUUAAUAAAUAA